AGCCCCCCCCCCAGCCUUGCCAGGACUGCGCCCCGCCUGCGCGCGGCCCCGUUGGCCCCGGCAGGGGAAGGGGAGUAGGGGGAUGACGGGCGCCGCUGAACAUCCGGUUCCGCUCGGGUACGAGGGCAUGUACGUCGUCAGGAACGGGUUCAUAGAGGCGGCCAGCGGCCUGCUGCCACCCGACCCCCUGGGCAGGUCGCAGACGGCGCCGCCGCCUAUGCCAAUGCGGGCGUACUCUGCUCAAGGCCCGACGAGCUGGAGUGGGAGAACUGCGAGGGCGAGCACGAGCAGCCCGUUGUGGAGCCCGUGCCCGGCGCCGCGAUCGAGAGGCUGAGGCCGCGCGACGUCUACGACGGUCCUGCGGACCUGCGCUUGCAGCAGUCCUGUGGCGACGCGGUGCCAGCAUCGGGACCUCCUCGGGAGGCUGCCAUCCUCCGGGACGAUCCCGGCGUCGCAGCCGCAAGUGGUGCAGGCCAGUGCCCUGGUGUUGGCCCACUUGCCGGCCGAGUUGCAGCCCGGGCCUGCCCACGAGAGCCAGGCGCUGCAGCCUGGCCAAGGUCGCCGUCGACGAUCGGAGGAACGACGGGGUCUGGAGGCUUCGCUCGGAGGGUGGUGUCUUCUUCCGUUGCCGCAGUCGGGGCCCUUGAAGCCGCAGUCGCUGCAGAUGAGCACCUGUGCCACCACGGGCCAGCGCCGCCUGGAGUGGUUGGUGGACUCCCGCAAGCUCCGCGGCAACGACAAGCAGGCGGUGUCGCCGUCCUUCGACAUUGCCUGCGACGGCACGGAGAUGCCGUUCCGGCUGAUGCUAUAUCCGAAGAGGUCGUUCAAGAGCUCAGGCGGCAGGGGCAGCGUCACGCUCAAGUGCGAGGUUGACUUGGCAGAGGGUGCUGCGCCCCUGACGUACCGAAGCUACAUUGGGAGCGGCGCGGCAGCAUUGCCCAGCGCCCCCGUCACGCACGAUUUCUCGAAGAGCGCGCUCUCUCGGUUGCCGAGCGACGUCGGGGAGUUGAACUUUUCCGCGGUCGUCGACGAGGCCCUGUCAGUCUUCGUAGUAGCCCUCGAGGUGCACAAGUGAGCUGGCUUUCUACGGCGUCUUUAGUUUCUGGCGCUUCGCGUAUCCCCGCAAAGCACAUCCAGGAACGACGACGACGACGGGACGCUUACUGCUUACAGUCCACGCUAGCAAUCCCGGCCUUUUCCCCAAGAAUCCCCCAACCGCGACCCGUCUGAGCCCCUGCGGCCCGCCCCGGGCGCACCGGCCGCGCCCGUGGCCGCCGUCCGCGCCACGGCCCCGUCGAAGCGGCAGUUGCUGCGCCACGUCGUACCACGACAGCGCCUGCUGCCACCGCCCGGCCCUCUCGCACAUUGCCACGCUGGCGAGGUCGUGUGUGACACGAAUGCGAGGUGACGUAUCUCUAUCCUUGCGUGCUGUUCGUGUGUAAUUGCGCGAAGCUGUGCCCUGGUUCUAGACCCAGCGCCAAGCGAUUGCCGUUCAGGCUUCGCGCUAACUUUUUACGCAUUGAUUGGUAAGUUUACCAGCUUGCGUUGCCGUUUCGGGCCCUCUCUUGGUCUCUCUCACCGCGCUCGCGGCCUGCCGUUGUAUCACUGCUGGGAGCUGAGGCUAGACGUCAACCUACGACCGAAUCAA